CGCGGGAGAUGAAAACAUAACAGUUUUAGUUUAGCAGUACGAUCAAACCGCGAGUUCGUUAAAUAUUGUCUUACCCUACCGGUCGUGUAGUUCUCACGUAUUUUACGCAAAAGUUAUAUUUCCUUCAUCACAAUGAACACAGAAGAAUUCAAAGUUCGCGGCAAAGAAAUGGUCGACUACAUUUGUCAAUACACUUCAAAUCUGGAUAAAAACAAGGCCACUCCAGAUGUAGAACCGGGAUAUUUGAGAAAGUUGCUGCCCAGUGAAGCUCCUCAGGAGCCUGAAAACUGGGAUAGUAUCAUGAGGGAUGUGGUCUCCAAGAUCAUGCCGGGUGUUACUCAUUGGCAGCAUCCUAGGUUCCAUGCCUAUUUUCCCAGUGGGAAUUCGUAUCCUUCGAUGUUGGGUGAAAUGUUGUCGAAUGCCAUAUCGUGCAUCGGAUUUUCAUGGGCUUCCAGUCCCGCCUGCACAGAAUUGGAAAUCAUCGUCUUGGAUUGGUUUGGCAAAGCUAUUGGUCUUCCAGACGAUUUUAUUACUUCAGCUAAAAACAGUAAAGGUGGAGGAGCUUUCGAAACCAGUGCUAGUGAGUGUGUCCUAGUGUGCAUGCUGGCAGCAAGAAACCAAGCCAUCCAGUAUCUCAAAAGAGACAGUCCAAACAGCAUUCACGAUAGCGAGUUUUUGCCAAAGUUGAUCUGUUAUGCUUCAAAAGAUGCUCAUUCUUGCGUCGAAAAAGCUGCGAAGAUACUGCUGGUAAAGAUUAGAACACUGGACCCUGACGAAAAUGGUAGUUUGAGAGGCGAGACCGUCCGUGCAGCCAUGGAAGAAGAUAUAGCUAAAGGUCUUUUUCCUUUCCUCGUUACUGCUACCCUUGGUACUACAGGGAGCGCUUCUUUUGAUAAUUUAGAAGAGAUUGGCCCGGUUUGUAAAUUACAGCCAUGUACAUGGCUUCAUGUUGAUGCUGCUUAUGCUGGUAGCGGUUUUAUUUUACCAGAACUGAAAUAUCUGCUAAAGGGGGUCGAAUAUAUAGACUCUUUUAAUACUAACCCAAACAAAUGGUUAUUAACCAACUUUGACUGUUCGUGUUUAUGGGUUAGAUGUAAGCACAAACUCACUAGUGCUUUCGUAAUAGAUCCUGUAUAUCUGCAACACGCCAAUUCAGACGAAGCCAUUGAUUAUAGACACUGGGGUAUUCCACUUAGUAGAAGAUUCCGAUCUUUAAAGUUGUGGUUCGUUCUAAGAAACUACGGACUUUCUGGUCUUCAGAAUUACAUGAGGAACCACAUCAAACUGGCAAAAUAUUUCGAAUCUUUAGUUAGAAACAACUCACGGUUCGAGGUAGUCAACGAUGUUCGCCUAGGUCUAGUUUGCUUCAGACUAAGAGGCCCAGACAGCGAAAACGUGAAACUACUAACAAACAUAAACGCUUCUGGAGAACUCUUCAUGGUUCCUAGUAUUAUCAAAGGCAAAUACAGCAUUCGAUUUUGUGUAGUAGCUGAACAUGCUACACAAGAUGACAUGGACACUGCCUGGAAAAUCAUUCAAAAAUACAGUCAACAAGUAUCCCCCAGACCACGCCUUACAAGGCAAAAGUCCAGCAGACUUUCCUUUACAAGGAGUGUAUCCAAAGAGAUGUACCAAAGGUCCAAAAGCAAGUCCAACUUGCUGGACGGUGCUACUCCUAUCUUGGUUGUUGAUUCUGAUGAAGAUGAGGAAGGUAAUAAUAACACAGAUGAUAUUCUCGAUGCCUUGACGAGUGUGAGUGUUUAUGACGACGAUGUUUUCACUAAAGAGAACGAAGAGGAAAAGAGAAUGCCACCUCAGAGUCCACCAAACUAUUUGUAACCGAAUAUAAUAAUUAUUGAUGCAUUGGUCCUUUUUGAUGAUGAUUUAUCAGAAAUAAAUGCCAGAGUUGUUAUUGAUACUAGUGAGCUGGAGUCUUACAGUAUCAAAAUUUUAUAUUUAUUUGUAUAUUUUUUAAAUACUAUAAAGAACAGUAUUAUUACGAAUUAAGUUAUUUUAAAUUAAUUUUUAGUAUUUAAUUUAAUUGUUACAAUAAAUUAUUUCUUGCAUGUA